AUGAAGAAUGCAAGAAAUGUAGAUGAAAAUGAAUCACCCGAAGUAAGACUUGCAAGAUUGGAGAGAAUGGUUGAACUCUUGACUGAAGCUCUAAGACAACAACAGAAUCAACAUCCUCCACCUCCACCUUCUCCUCCUCCACCAGUGCAACCUGAACUAAAUGCCAAUGAUGAUGUUAUUUCCUUAAUACAAAAGUUUAACAAAAUAAAGCCACCGACAUUCCAGGGAGGACUAGAACCACUGAAAGCAGAAGCAUGGAUUCUAGAAAUUCAAAAGCUGUUUGAAGUGUUUCUGUGUUCAAAGGAAGCAUUCUAUGAUAAAUAUUUUCCUCAAUGUGUCCGUGACCGUAAAGUAUUCGAGUUUGGGGAAUUAAAGCAGGGUAAUAUGUCUAUGGCUGAAUAUGAAGAAAAAUUUACCGCGCUUGCACGUUAUGCCCCACGCAUGGUAGAUACUGACUACAAAAAGGCUCGAAAACUUGAUGGAGGACUUAAUGCGGAGAUACUUGACCGGAUCAAUGUUUUGAAAUUACUCAAUUGUGGCAAGGUGGGCCAUAUAGUCAAAGACUGUCCUCUCGCAUCUCAAGGCACUAGUAGACCUGUGGCUAGUGCUGCAGCAUCAACCGCCACACCAAAACCAAAUUUGAAAGCUACCGAGAGAGAAACUUUGAGGCAAGACUGGGUGUUUGCACUUGUACCAGGGGAUGUGCAGAAUACUGAGAUAGUGGUGUUAGAUAUACUUCCAAUAUGUGCACAAAAUGCUUAUGUUUUGAUUGAUUCGAGGUCUACACACUCGUUUGUCUUGCAUGCUUUUUCACAAAAAUUAAAUAGACCACUAGAACCCAUGAACUUUUUAUUAGUUGUAUCUUCACCUGCUGGAGGGUCCAUGACUUGUGCUUAUGUGUAUCCUGCAUGUGAGAUUAUUAUUGGAGAUGUGGUUUUAUAUGUUGAUUUAUUGCCUUUGAAUCUUGAUCACUUUGAUGUAAUUUUGGGAAUGGAUUGGUUAACAAAUAUCAUGCCUCCAUUGAUUGUGUAA